GUCCUCCAAGCGUCCCCUCCUCUCCCUUACCUUCUUCCUCAUAUUUCUCCUCACAGCUCUCAUCCUGGCGGCCCCAAGAGCAGUCCCGAGAAUUACUUCUCUCUUUGCACAGCUGCGCUUCAAACCAGUCCAGCUACCCCUCGUCGCCACUCCAUCUCUAUCGACAUACCGACCCUUGGUGACCGCCGCCAUGACUGUCCCCGACAAAUACAAGUCGCCGCCCCAGGCGCCCCCGGUCUUCACCGGCACCAAGGAGUCCAUCGUUGGCGACUCCAAGAAGAUCUGCGACCAGACUCGCGCGCUUCUCGACAAGCUCGUUGCCGACUACCCCGCCGACAAGGUUACCUUCGAGAAUGUGAUGAAGCCCAUCGCCAAAGACGAGAACGAGAGCGGGCUGUCGACACGCAUCCUCGGCUUCUACCAAUAUGUCUCGAGCGACGCCGCCCUGCGCGAGGCUUCGACCCAAGCCGAUACCAUCAUGGACGAGUUCUCGAUCGAGGUGAACAUGAGGGAGGAUGUCUACAAGCUUAUUGAGGCUCUCCAUCAGCGCAAAGACGCCGAGGGUCUGGACCCCGAGAGCUUGAGGUUGCUGGAGAAGGACUACAAGAACUACAUCAAGAUGGGUCUGGGUCUGCCCGCUGGGCCCCAACGUGACCGCUUCAAGGAGAUCAAGAAGCGUCUCAGUCAGAUCCAGAUCGAGUUCACAAAGAACCUGAACGAGGAGAACGGCGGCAUCUGGUUUUCAAAGGAGGAGCUCGAUGGUGUUUCAGAGGACGUCCUCGACGGUCUUGAGAAGGGCACUGGCGAGAACGAGGGCAAGCUCAAGCUUUCCUUCAAGUACCCCGACCUCUUCCCGACUCUCAAGUUCGCCAAGAACCCCGAGACGAGACGCAAGGUCUUCAUCCAGAACGAGAACAAGUGCAACCAGAACGUUCCCCUCUUCCAGGAGGCCAUCAUUCUCCGUGAUGAGGCCGCCCGCAUGCUCGGCUACCCCAACCACGCUGCCCUGCGCAUCGAGGACAAGAUGGCCAAGACCACCAAGACCGUCAACGACUUCUUGGGCGAUCUUCGCUCUCGCCUCACCGCCGGUGGUGCUAAGGAAGUCGAGCACCUCCAGGAGCUCAAGAAGGCUGACACCGACGCCCGCGGCGUUGAGAACGAUGGCAACUACUACCUGUGGGACCACAAGUUCUACGACCGUUUGAUGAUUGAGAAGGAAUACAGCAUCGACGAGAACAAGAUCGCCGAGUACUUCCCCAUUACUUCGACGAUUGCUGGUAUGCUCAAGAUCUUUGAAGAGCUCCUUGGUUUCGUCUUUGUUGAGCUCAAGCCCGAGGACCGCAAGGCCCUCAGCCCUACAGGCAAGGGUGAGGAUAUCGCAUGGCACGAGGAUGUCAUCAUUUUCAGUGUAUGGGACGAUGCUUCCGAGGGAGAAGGAUUCGUCGGCUACCUAUACCUUGACUUGCACCCUCGCCAGGGCAAGUACGGCCACGCUGCCAACUUCAACUUGCAGCCCGGUUACCUGCAAGCCAACGGCUCGCGCAGAUACCCUGCCACCGCUCUGGUCUGCAACUUCAGCAAGCCCACGCCCAAGAAGCCCUCGCUUCUCAAGCACGACGAGGUAGUCACCCUCUUCCACGAGCUCGGCCACGGUAUCCACGACCUUGCCGGCCGCUGCACAUACAGCCGUUUCCACGGCACCAGCACCGUCAGAGACUUCGUUGAGGCGCCGUCGCAGAUGUUGGAGAACUGGUGCUGGACUCCCAGUGUUAUCAAGGCGCUGUCUCAACACUACGAAACUGGCGAGAAGAUUCCCGAUGACCUCAUCGAGAAGCAGAUCUCCACCAAGCACGUCAACGCUGCUCUCUUCAACCUGCGUCAGCUCCACUUCGGUACUUUCGACAUGACCGUUCACACCCCUGAGAGCCAUGAGGCGAUCAAGAACCUGGACUUGUCGGCGACCUACAACGAGCUUCGCGGCCAGAUUGCUGGCAUCAAGGGCCCCGAAGCUCAGGGCGAGAAGAGCACCUGGGGCAACGGACAAGCCUGCUUCGGCCACCUGAUUGGCGGCUACGAUGCCGGCUACUACGGCUACCUCUCAUCCGAGGUCUACUCUACCGAUAUGUUCUACUCCGUCUUCAAGGCCGACCCCAUGAACGGCAAGGAGGGCCGCCGCUACAGACACACCGUCUUGGAGAAGGGUGGCAGCCAGGAGGAGAUGUUGACCCUGGAGCAGUUCCUUGGACGCAAGCCUAGCACCGAAGCCUUCUACAAGGAGUUGGGCAUCCCUCAAUCGCGACUGUGAUCAACCCCAGGACGCUCGCCUCCUAAAAUAAAAUUAACAAUAACUUUCAAAGGCAUUUGACGUUCGGUUCUGUGUAGUGAAUGUUGUUGAGCCAUGUGAGAGGAAUGGACGUGCGGUGUCAAGCCUGAGUGCUUCCUGUGAGUCGGAUUGACCUGGAUAUGAUGAUGUAAAAGAUUGCCCAUUCACUAACU